AUGUAAUUGAAGUAAGCAAUAUUUACCUUGCUUUGGGCAAUAAAUCUUUUUAAGAUAGUAUUUAGCGGAUAAUGUCCUUAGCUUCAAACUUAUCAUAAUCCUAUGCUCAUUCAAAACUACAUUGUUAAAAACUUCCUGAGAAUACCUAAAACAAAUAUCUUGAUAAUUAACACUAUUUUUAAAGACAAUUAUGAUUCAAGUAUAGUUUACUACAAUGAUUUAUCAUCGCCUUCAGGAGAAAUCAUCAAUGUUAUCAAGCCUAAUUUUGUGAUAAUUGAUAUGCAGUAUAAUAUCCAAUCAGAAUAAAUAAUGGUCACAAACUAUGAUAAUUUAAUUUUCGCAGAUCCUUAUACUCUAAAAGCUAUAACUUCCUUUCCAGUUCCCAAUUUAUAUGCAAUUUCGCUGGUUGAUUAGACAAAUUACAUAAUCUUAACAAAUUUUUUCAAUACUUUGCAAAUAUACGAUUACAUCCAAUAAAAACUAAUGCUUACUAUGGAUAACUCAAAGACACUGCAAACAUUUGCCAAUAACACAUACCUGUAUUAAUAUUAUUCUGAUUUUUAUACCCUUUCAACAGGCCAAACUAUAAUUUUGACAACAAAUGAUAUGGGUAUUAUUACAUGGACUAUAGAUCUAAAGAAUUUAGUCUAUAAAUUUAAUGGAUAUAUCAAAUAAUCAAUAGUAAAAAAUUAAGGUGAUAAUUACAGAUCCUACACAAAACAUCCUACAUAAGACAUAUUCUUUAUAGGCGGAUAGUGGCUUGAAAUAAUUAUAGUUAAAGUUAUUGAUAUAACAAAAAACCAGUUUAAGUAAAUCUACAAAAUAAGUUUGUACAACUAUUAAUAUAGUGACCCUAUAUCUAAUUUAAGAUAUAUAUAAGUAUAAACAAAUAAUGGUUAUUAACCUAUACUUUGGUUAGGCGCUAAGAAUUAUAUUUAUAAUGUAACUUUGUCAGAAAGUCCUGAUAGCUCGUCAAUUACUACAGGAAACUUUUAUUACUAGUUUAUCACCACAUACGGUAGAUGGUAUAUGAUACAAGAAAAUCCAGUCUUUUAUAUUUCAUCUGAGGAAUAUGUCACAAUAUUUAAUUAUUAAACAUAGAUAUUUAGCUACAACCUUUAUUUUUAUAGUGAUCUUUAUUGUAGAAGAUUUAUAAGAUAGCAGUAAGGAUAAAUAGAUUAGUUUAUUCUCUUAUCUUAUAAUUAAAUAAAGCUUUAUGAUAGAGGAAAUUUUGGCAUUUCUUCUAAAUAUUAGAAGAAUGCACUAGCUGGAAAUGUGAGAUGGAUUUAUGGAAGCUUCUACAAAGUAAAAAAUACAUUUGAUUAUUAUUUUGUCAAAAAUGGACAAGAUGGUACAAAUAGCUAAAUUUUUCUACUGCCAAUAUAUCCUCUCACAGACAAUGGUUCAAUUGUUAAUAUUACCUCACUUUAUAACUUGUAUUGGAAAGACAUUAACUAAAACCUAGAUCCUUUUUAUCUAAAUAAUUCUUAUUUAGUAGCUUUCGCUUUUCCUAAAAAAGCAAAAACAGAAAACUAUUUAUUUAUGCUGAUAGACUGCACUUCAUAAUAGAAAAAAUAGUAUCUGCUCAAAUCAGAUCUGCCAAAUGACAAUUUAAUAUAAACAGCAUUUGCUAUCGCAUCCUUAGAAAACUAAAAUAAUCUCGAGUUGAUAGGAGUCGAUAAUUUAGGAACAGUUUAUUCAUGGGAUUUAAGCAAAAAUGGCUUUCCAUUUAAGUUUAGAAAAGAUUUCAGCUUUUGCUAAAAUUCUUUGAUCGGAGACAUAUUCCACUACAAUGAUAUAAAGAGACUAAUUAUAUCAUGUGACAAUAAUAAAGUCUACUCAUUUAAUUAUACUUCAGGAGAUUAUUAGCUUUUAGUUUAAUUAAGUUAAUAGCCUUUUGCUCUUAGAGCUUUUUCGAAACCAAAGUUAGUUGCAAUAGGAGAUUUUAAUACUGGCAUAGCAUACAUCUUCAAAUUCAACAUAAUCUCAUAAUAGUUUGAUUUAUUAUUGAACCUAUAGUCUUCUAAGAUACAAGAUUAAAUUAUUAACAUAGAAAUGCUUCAAGAUAAUACUAUUUGGGUUCAAUUUACUUAUAGCAACUUAUUCUAUUCCUUAAAUGAUUGUUUAUAGGAUUCUAAUUUAUGUAUUUAAUGUACUCAGUAAUAUAGUUUUUAUUCUACUGAUUAGUAUGAUUCGUCUGGUGUUUAUGGUGUUGGAACUAAAGAUUAACCAUUUACAACUUCAAAUAACUUUUUGACAGCAAUGAUUAAGGCAUAAUAUUACAAAUAAAUAGUUAGUGGAGUUUCAAAUAUGUUUGUUGAUAUCUUAGUAGUUCCAAAUAGAAUUUUAAAUCUAAAUUCUAAGCUUAUGAAUUUCGAUUUUAAUAGUAUAAUUUCUUUGAAUUUCAAAAGUACACAGAUAGGAUCAUAUGCUUCGCUAUAAUAUCAAAAUCGCUUAGAAUUUAUAAACUACAAUUAUGUUGGAUUCUAAGAUAUUAUAAUCUAUUUUGGAUUAGAUGAUGAAAAUAAUAAAUGUGGUCUUUAUUUUUCUAAUAUAGAGAAUAAUGUGUUAAUUAACAAUAUAUAGCUCUACCUCUAUUCUGCAACUUCUAAACCUUUAAGCUGUUAGUCUAUUUACUCUGACAGUAGUGUAUUAAACGUUUAAAACUAUCAAAUAUCUGGAGAAGAUUUUACCAACCAUGGGUCUGUACUAUAGUACUUUAAUGUAACUGAUAUUUUCUUUAACAACUUCUCUUUAACUGGCUGCACACUUGGAAAUAGCUUUAGCAUAUUAACCUAGGAGUCUAAUCUAAAAGUUGCUGUAUCUAAUGUAACUCUAGCAAGCAAUGUUUGCCCAACUGAUGAUAGUGGAACAUAAAAUAAUUAAAAAAUAUCGGCACUAUUUUCUGCAGGAGGAUUUAAUGUAAAGAAUAUGACAGUUAAUGAUAAUAUUUUUUGCAAAAAAAUAGUUUUUUCUGUUGUUUCUAGUCUAGAUUAAGAUAAUUAAGUUUUUUCCUUUUAAGAUAUACAAAUUUAUGAUAAUCUCUUUCAAGCUAGAACUACAUACUUGUUUUUCGAUGCUUUAUAUUCAAUGAUGGCUAGUCCAAGUCAUGAAUUAGACUUAAAUAAUAUUUAAUUCAAGAAUAAUUCUCUUACAAAAUAUAAUGAUUUUGAUUAAAUAAGUGCAUCAUAUUUUCAAACAAGUAAAAUAUCAAAAAUUUAAGCUCAAAGCAUCAUGCUAAUCAAUCACUUUGAUAUUUCAUUUGGAUUUUUUUAAUAUUUAGACAAUAUUAAUGUUAUUAAUUUUAAUUGUGUAAACGAUGAUGACUAUUUAGUCAAAAUACCUAACCAAUAAACAUAUAGUUGUCUUUAAUUGAAUGAAUUUGCUUCUGCAAAUAUUACUUAAAUUAAAAUAAUUAAUAAAAAAGCAUAAGACACAAAUUUAUUAUAGAUGGAAAAUAAUAGUAUUUAAUCUGCUAAUUUAAUAAUUACAAAAGGUGUGUUUUAAAAUUUAUAAUUAUAUUAAAAUGGAGUAAACACUGAAGCAAUACCUAUUCAAGUAGCCAGCAACUAUUAAAUUGAAAUAACAAUUGAUACUUGUUUAUUUUAGAAUAUCACCUUGAAAAGCAUUCAAUUUACUUUGACUUACUCUACUUCAGCUCUUUGGAUUUAAAACUAUGUAGGCAAAGUACUUAUAAAAAAUUCAUAAUUCUAUGAUUCUUAUAGCAAUUCCUAGUAUGGCUUAAUUUUCGUUCAGGCCAAUUAAUUAACUCUUGAUACAGUUUAAUUUAGUAAUGCUACAUUUUCUUUAAAUUAGCCUUUGCCUUUAUUCAAUUCAUAUGGAGCUAUGUUGAAUGUCAAAGCAUAAACUGUCAAUAUUUUAAAGUCUGGUUUUAAUUAAGCAACAGCCAUAAAAGGAGCAUUUCUUUACAUGAUAUCAUUUGGUUAAAUCUUUUAAGUUAGCAUUUCUGAUACUAUUUUUAGUGAAGGUUAUGCUGAAGAUGAUGGUGGUGCAAUUUAUAUUGAUUCAGGAGGUUAAUAACUCUAAUUUAAUUGCUAAAAUUGUUAAUUUAGUAACAUCUAUACAUAAUAAAUAUCAGCAUCUACUAUAGGUUAAGAGAAAUACUCAAAGACUAAAACUAAUCAGUUAAAUAAAAUACAAUUCUAAGGAGGCUUUAUAAAAAAUGUAUUUGGAGUUACAGACAACUACUUUAUUGAUAUCUCUAAUUCUAAUCUAUAGUUUAAUCAAAUUCCUACUAUCAUCUCAGAAUAGUUUAACUCAAAUUCUUUACCAUAAUAACUCUACUUGACUAAAUUUAAAGGGCUUCAAUAAUAAGCUACUUUAGUUAACUUGUUAAAAUCGUCUUUAUAAAUUUAAGGAUGUAAAUUUUCUAACAUUAAAAUAUAAUCCUAAACUUCACUUUUACCACUUCUCAUAAGCUCAACUUUAUCAAAUAUUACUAUUACAAACACUUAAUUCGAAGAUAGCUUAUUUAGUGGCAGUGCGAUUUAUGCUCUUUAAAGUAAUGUCUAAUUUGAGAACAUUUCAUUUAAAAAUGUAUCAUAAGCCUUAUUUGGUAGUAGAGUUUUACAAUAGAAUAUUUAUUAGAAUCCUGACCCUUACGGAGCUUCCUUAAUAAUUUCUUAUCAAUCUACAGUCAGUAUAAAAUCAAAGAGUUCCUUUACAGACUCAAGCUGCAAGUUUAAUUGUAAUGGUGGAGCUAUUCAACUUUUUCAAAGUACAUUAACUUUAGAAGAUACUACAUUCUAAAAUAUUGAUUCUUCUUUUGGAGGAGCUCUCUUUGUUUAAGGAAUGAAUAAUUCGAAUACUAUUACUAACACCAGGUUUAUAAACUGCAGAUCAUAAAAUGAUGGUGGAGCUCUCUAUUUAAAAGCUUUGUAAAAAGAUAAAUUCGGCCUUUCUAUCACAAAUAGUAUUUUUGAAUCUAAUUCAUGUAAAACUAGAGGUGGAGCAAUUUAUAUUGACUCAGAUGUUAUGAAUUCUCCAUUACAAAGUAUAUCUAUUGCUGACUCUAAAAUAAUUUAAAAUGUAGCAAGUAUUGGAGGUGGUAUUUUUUAACAAAAUAUCUCUGUUAAUACUGAAAAAAAUAAUGUUAUUUCAAGUAACAAAGGAACUGUCUUUGGAAACGAUAAUAUUUCUUAUCCUACAAAAUUAAGAAUAAGCAAUAUUGAUGAAUUCUUAUAAGUGAAUAAUGGAAAAGUAGAUAAAGAUUAAAUUGUUAUUAACAACUUUAGAAGCGGUGCUAACUUGACUAAUAUUUAAUUUUUGUUUUUGAAUGAUAAAAAUGAAAUUAUUUAUCCCAUUACAUAAGAUGAAUUCGAUACAUACAAAAUUAGCGUAGCUUUUGAUCCUAAAACUGCUAAUCUAGUUCAAUAUUAAAUAGAUGGAAGCACUUAAGCAAGUUUUAAUCCAAAUAUUAAAUCGUUUAGUUUUGAGAAUAUAACAUUAUUAGGAAAACCAGGAUCUUCUGUUCAAAUAUAAUUUAGCUCUAAAUAAAUUUAUGGUGUUGAUAGUUAGCAAGCUAACUUUGUGUAAAACUAUACUUUUAAUAUUCUUGUUCAUUUCAGGUUGUGUGACUCUGGAGAAUAGAUAGCCUAACUUGGAUAAGUUACUGAAUGUUAAAUAUGCCCAGCUAACUAUUACUCCUUUAAUGUAGAGAAUUGUUAAGAAUGUCCUAAAGGAGCUACUUGUAAUGGAGGAACAGACAUAGUUACUAAUCAAGGUUAUUGGCGCAAAUCAAAUAUUAGUGAUUUAAUAAUAAGUUGCUCAAAUCUACCUGAUAACUGUGAUGGAGGAAAUUAUGGAGACGAUAUUUGCCAUGAAGGACAUAUAGGUGCACUCUGUGAAGAAUGCGAUAUAUAUGGCUAACAUUGGGGAACAUCUUAUGCAAAAUCAGCUAAAUAUUCAUGCACUAGAUGUGAUUAAAUUAAAGGAAAUAUAUGGAUUGUUGUUUUGAUGACUGUGUGGACUUUAAUAUCUAUGUGCCUUGCAAUUAAGGGUGAUGUGGAAAUCUUAAAGGAGCGAGUAGCUAUUCUUACAAUUUAAAAAAGUUUAAAAAGAAAAUAAAUGAUUAAAAGUUAAUCAAGAAGAUAAACUUCAGUGCAUUAAGUAAAUUAACAGUCUUUUAAUACAAUAACUAACCAAAAAACAACUACUAGAAGUUCUAUCUAUGAAGUUAAAGAAAAACCAUAAAAAGUGUAAAUAAUAAGGACUGAUGAAGAAAAAUCAGGAAUUUAUAUUAAGAUGUUAACAAAUUACGUAUAAAUUGUUGGAUCUAUAGCUACUUUUAAUCUCAGCAUUCCUUCAGGUAUUUUUGAGUUCCCUUAAUCAGUAGGCUAACCACUUAAAUAAACUAUGAAUUCUUUAGAUUGUGCCUUAUAAGAGAUGAAUUCCUCUAUGCCAAUAAUUUAUAUGAGACUUUUAUUUUCUAUUUUAAUACCAUUUUUAUACAUGGCUUUAUUUUUAAUUUGUAUGGGUCUGUAUUACUUACUUAAGAAAAUAAAAGCUAAAAAGAAUAACAAUGAGAAUUAAUUCCCUUGGUAUAUUUUGGCUACAGCUAUCAUGUUUUUAAUUAUUUAUGUCUAGCCAGAUUUAGUUGCUUAAAUCAUUGCUUUAUUGUCAUGUAGAUAAAUUGGUGACACAUAAUAUAUUUUGUCUAAUGUUUCCUUUGUGUGCUAUGAUAAAGAACAUUAUUUUUAUGCCCUUGUCAUGGUGAUUCCUAUGUUAUUAGUUUGGGUUUUAAUUUUACCUGGUAUUCUUUUUAUGUCCUUAAGAAAAAAUAAAAAUCGUUUAGAGGAAAUUGAUAUUAAGCUUAAAUAUGGCUUCCUAUACAAAGAAUAUGAAAACUAUGCAUUUUAUUGGGAAUUUGUGAAAAUGACUGAGAAAUUAGCUAUUAUUCUUGCAUUAAACUUUUAUUCACAGAGCAUAAACAUAAAAGCUAUAUUAGUCUUUGUAGUUAUUACUGUUUAUGGUAUACUAUCAAUUAUAAUCAAACCUUAUUAAGAAUCUGAUGUAAACGAAAUUGAUGUUAAUUCUACUCAUGUUUGUGCUUUAACAGUUUUACUUGGUCUAUUUAUGUAUAAAAAUCAAUAUGUAUACUUUGUUUAUAGUUCUUUAGGUCUAAUUGUUAUGAUCAAUCUUUGGUUUAUUGUUAAAAUUCUAAAUAAAAUUAUUGGAGGCUAUAUGCCAAAAAUUAAAGAUAUCUUGCAGCAGCUAGUGCAAAUUCUCUCUUCUAAAAUAUCAUACUUUAAGAGGUUUGUAAAAUAGGAAGAAAAUGCUAAGAAAAAAAUGGAUCCUGAAAUCAAGAAAAAGUUCUUAUUCUUGUUUUAAAAAUUUUAAAAUUUGAAUAGCGAGUAAAAGAAAAAGAUAGUGAUGGAAGUGUAUGAGUAAAGACUAGUUAAGUAAUAUGCCUACCUUUUUGAUAAAAAUGAAGAAAAUGAAGAAUAAAAAGGAAAAGAUGAAGAAAAUUUCAAUUAAUUAAAGUCAUCAUCCCAAUUCUGUGGUACAUUAAAAUUCAUAACCUAAUAAGAAGAAGACAAGAAUAUCGAAAGCGGAAAAUAAAAUAGCAAUCAAGAAAUAUUAAAUAAUAUAAUCAUACACAAAAAGGAAGACUCUAAUAAAAGUCUCAUUAAAUUUGAUUCUUAAGAGUCUCCAAAAUCUGAUGAAGAGAAUCCUAAUAGUAAGUUUUAUAUUGAAAGUUAACAAAAAACUUUAAAAGAAGACUAGGUGAAUAUAGAAAUAAAAAGUUAAGGUGAAAAUUCUUGA